UGACCAUGGGAAAAUACUGUUGCGUACCGUCGUGUCGACAGAAGCAACUCGUGGAUCCCGCAUACAAAUCUCGAAGUAAGGUUUCAUUUUUCCGCUUGCCUUAUGGGAACAAGGAUCUGCUGCAGAAGUGGCUGGAUGCCAUAACGAAGGACGAGGACCGAGAUCUCAAGUUCCACCGAGCUACAAAAGUGUGUUCAAGGCACUUCGAUGAGGACGACUACUACCGCGGCUAUGUGAACGGCAAGCGCUACCUCAAGGAUGGCAGCGUGCCCCACAUCUUCGCUGGCAGGGUGCCCGAGAAAGGCGCCGCCGGGCACUCUCGCCCAGUUCCCGACGCAGCUUUGCUCAUCGCGACAGUCCCGCGUACCUCUGCCGUCCAUCUCGUUCGGCCACAGCUCGGUCAGACCUCGUUUACCGCAGUUGUGUUGGACACCGGAGUGUGUCGCGGCGACAAGUUGGUUCCCAACAUAAACUCCGCCGUCGUUGAGGUGAAAUGCAAAGAUGAAGUUGAGAAAUGUGAAGAUGACGUUGAGGAGAGAGCAACUGUGGACCCCGUGCACACAUACUGCAAGCCUGCUUCCGGGAAUAGAGUGGAGAAGGAAGUAGGUGUAGGUCCUGACCAUGCAUCGUGCGAUGAGCCAUCUGAGAUGUCGAACCAAGAUACCAGUUCACCACAGGCACUAUCCCACUGCAGUGUGCAAAUAGUAGCGUCCGGUGGGUACGAGUCCGAUUCCGACACGGAUGCAAGCAUGGGCUGUGUUUCAGACACCAACAUGCCCAUUAAUUCAGAAGAUGGCAUGGCAAUUCUUCCGGAUGACGCUGCCUUGGAAAUGCUCUCAGAAACAGCCACAGAGGUUCCCCCUGAGUUUGUAUAUUGUCCCAGCCAGGCUUUGCCAAGUGCUGUCCGCUUGGGCCACUCGGGGGAUGCUCACCCCAGCAACGGAGAACAGUCUCUCGAGUUGAACGGGCUUCAGAAACGUGUCUUGCAGCUGGAAAAGGAGAUUGAACAGAUGAAACAGGCCGUGGAGUGGUAUAGGCAGGAGGCAAAUGAUGCAAAGAAGGACAAGUACAAAUUAGCAAGGACAGUGGAGCUGCUCGAGCAGAAGUGCCAGAAGCUGGAGAAGUGGCAGUUCUCCAUUGAGAGCUUUCGGCACAGCUGUAAGCACGUGAACUUCUACACUGGCCUCCCUGAUUACGCAACUUUCGAGGACCUCUACCAGCGCCUGGCUGGCAAUAGAGUCGGAAGUCACACGAGAUCGUGGAGCAGUAGGUUCCUUUCUGACCGCAACAGGCUGUUCUUGCUCCUUGUUCGGUACCGGCUGGGGCUGCCUGAGCCAGACUUAGCCUUCCGGUUUCACGUGUCAUGCAAUACAGUCUCUAAUAUCUGCCUGACUUGGACCAGAUUCAUCUACCGGCACCUGCAUCAUCUUCGCUCUGGCCAUUGUACACGUGCAAGAGGUGCACCAUUGGUGAGCAGUGCUACAGAAUUUGUCAGCAACUGCGAUCGCCGUCCAACUGACUCCCACCCCGAACUGCAAGAACUUUCAGACACUGGCAAAGUAGUGACGUCAAUCUCUUCUCGUAGUGCCACAAUAUUUGUGUGCCCUCCCAUGGACAUGGCAUCGGCUAGACAUUUUGCAAAGGCGUAUGACGACAGCUGCAAGAUGGGUGACGGGGACAUAGCAGUUCAAGACAUUUUGCAUGAAAUGGGCCUUCCACCAAAUGUUUCAUGGCUUCUGGGACAGCAUGGGAGUGCGAGUGUGCUGACAGUGGAUGACAUAGUGUCUCUGCGUGAAGAUAUAGAGCUUGUGAUCCCCAAGAUAAGGGACUAUCGCAUAUUUCAGCAGCCUGUCCCACUUUCUUUGCUUCCAGUAGCGAGGGAAAUGCUUGCAAUCUGUGUGGUCCUGACCAACUUUCCCAACACUUCAUCUAGUCGUCCUGAUGAGUAAUUCAGUACCAUUGUGAAACAGUGCACUCAGCUUCUUUCAGAAAAAUGUUUGCAUAAGUUUCAUCAUCAUGCAUAAGUGCAUUACUUUCAACGACAGCUGGUGACUUCUGUGCACUGUAACCGUCCCUAGCAUCUAAUGGUCUGAGAAGAGGUUCAGUUUAGAGCUAUCUGUCCAUAAAUGUGUGGUGCUCAAACAUCUUAGAUCGAGAGUUGCACCCUGUGUCCGUUAACACUGUCUAUAAGUGGCAUGAGCCUUUGCGCAAACAAAAGCGAAGUGUUACCAAAGAUGCAGCAUAAGUGGCUGUGCAUUCUUGCGGAAGCAGGCGACUGUCGUAUAUUUAUGAGGCAUGAAAUAUAAUAUGCGUAAACAUUAUUUUUUGUUACAGCGUCAAGGUUGUCAACUCUUAACCUAAUCGAAACUCACUGAAGUGCUAAGCAAUUGAUGCCCGAGAUUGAUGCGCCAUAAAGACACUAUUGGUGUUUUCUAUUGGGUGAUCCCCGGAGCAGCCUCUGAAAUUCUGGAACGAAUGUUUGGAUUUCACCUAACCAAAUCUGCCAGUGGAGAGCAGGAAUGCUUCCGUGGGUAAUCGCACAGGAAGUUUUAGCACAGAAGUUUUGCAAACCGGUUCCGAAAAUCAUCUCUGACUUCCUGUAUGUACGUUGCCAUGGCAAGCAAAGUCUCCAGUGGGCACCAAUGAACAUGAAGGUAGAAGUGAAGUGUGCUUCUUGUCCUGUAUUUGUUCAAAUUGGCGCCUCUGCGGUGGAGCAAGUGAGAACAAUCUUGCACGGAGUGGUCGAUCUGAAAAUGGCCAGUGGAAAGUGCAAACCUGCUGCAGCGACCAGUGUAAAACACUAUGAGAAGAAAACCAAGUCUUUUUCCCAUAUAAAACUUUUGAUGACCUUUGUACUUGUCCUUUUCUUUGCUUAAAAUACACAAUGCAGAAACAGGCCCAACUGUACGAGACAAUUUAGAAGACAUUGUGAUAGUGUACAAGAGCUUUUCUUUUUCUUGCCUCCUGUAAUGUGAAAAAUGUUGCACAAUAUGGCACUGAGUCCAGAGGCCGAACCAUGAAAUUAUUAGAUUAUUGACUUCUUCUUUUUUAGAGUGGUUUUGUUUCUAAAUGACUGCUAUAGAAUAUUGGGAGCUAUAGACCUUUUUCAUCCGCGAUGUGGCAGCACUGCGUUUAUGACCCCAGAGAACUUCCGGUCAGCCAUUUACGAGAGUCAUGUUAGCCAAGAAAAAAAAGUAUUUUGCCGCAUACUACACUGCAGGCUCAUAUUCUUGAUGUUUUCAGAAAAAAGAAUGCGCAAUUCAUCAAACUCGGGCGCGGGCUUUUUUUUUUGUUGUUGCACUUAACAAUACAAUUCAUUGUCAAAUACUCCAACUCUCCAACAAAGCUGGUGCCAGCUGGAGGGUCCUGUAAGUUUAUAGGCCAAUGUAACUUCUGUUGCUCUUGACGGCUUAACCAGAAGUCUUCUGGGAACUCUGUAAGCUUGAAAAAGGUCUAUGUGCUGCUUCUGUGCAAGACUAAUAGCAGGUACGUUGUUAAUCAUGUACAGUCACCGUCAAAAGUUUACUACAUGUACAUCGCAAGAGAAAGCCAAAUUUCAGCACAUAUUUAGCAUGAAGCCAGUGAAACAGUGCUGCAAUGUGUUGGUUGUGUGUGCUGGCAUGAGUAGCGAAUCUUAAACCUAAGCUGCGUGGCCAGGUUUGCAAAUAACCAGGAUUUUUUUCUUCAAAUUUUGUGCCCCAUAAGCUUUUGAUGCACACUGUAACCAUGCACACUGAUGCAAAUUGACAAGCAGCAUGUGUAUUCAAAUGUUCUCGGUGAUUUUACACGCACAUAGAAUGUAGAUGUGUUCCGUGAGGCUGUAUGUUUGAACACGUAGGAUAGGUGAUGCUUAUUUGCUCAUCUUGUUUGAAUAUAAAGGGCCCCUCUCCAGGCCCCAUAGCAAAUUUUGGUUAUAUACGCUGGAAGUUGUUACGUGCCCUUUAGGGGACCUUCUGCUGCAAAAAUUUUUCAAAUUGGCUCAUUAUAGCCGACAGAAAUAUUUCAGUGCCGCAAACCCGAUUUCAGCAAGCGAGCUCCACUGCCAAGCGAGACACUCUUCACUCAUCCCGUCUAGCCUCUGCAAGCGAAAUUCCUUCCCUGCAGUCUCCCAUACAGGAAGUGGAGGAUUGCGCGAUGCAUAUGUCACAGGCCCCACCUUCAGUUUUUUUUUUCUCCUCGCUUCUUGCGGCGUGGUGCACUUUCGUUGACGGCAUCACGUGCGAGCUGUUGUAAUUGUCUCGUUUCACGCAGCGCACGAUUUUGCGCGUCGCGCAGGACGACGCCUGACUAGCGGUACAAUUCAGUGCUACACGAAUACUGAGGCAGACACAAAAGAAUCACAGAGCAUGAUCCCGUGCUGGAGCACAGUAUAAAAUGACAUAGUUUCAGUGUCUGUGCGCAACUGCACGACAUGGGAACAAGCAGGCGAAAUGGAAGUACUUCUCUCUUGCUGGGGUGAAAAGUAAAACAAGAACGUUCAGACAUUUGGCUUACGUGUUUUAUUAUUUCUCUAAGCUUUAAGUCGUCUGUUCAAACAACACGUUACACAAAUAACAGAUGUUGCCUUGAAUAAUUCUUGAAGUGACAUGUCUCGAUGAUUGACAUGACACUUAAGAAUGAAGAGCAAUCAUUGCUUGGAAAGUAAUUUAGUACUCCCUUUUACAUAGCCCAUGGUUGUACAUCAUAAGGUUAAAAAGAAGGAUGAGAGAAGAAAUGUGUUGCAUCAUGGUUUGUCAUCAUUGCUGUGCCAUUGAAAAGGUUUUCUUAGCCUCUUACCUGUGGUUUGGCAUUGGUCAUUUCCUUGCCGACUAUAUUUUGGGAUUGCAAUGACACCUGGGCAUGUUGCCUGAAUAAGACUACUUGCUGUCUAGCCCGGUAGACAAUGUGGGUCACUGGAACAGACAACUUGAGCACAGGGUAUGAGCAGCAGGGUAUGUGCUAAUUCUUGGGCAAUUCCUCGAAUUGGUGUACCACAGGGGGUAUGAUGCCUUAUAGGUACAUAGAGAUGUGUUGUACUUUCGUGUCCUCUAAUCGAUGUUCUUCCCUCGGCAAGCAUCGUACAUCGCGUAUGUCCCCAUGAUACAAGUAGUGAAGUACUGGUGUCGGCCUCUACUACUGCUACCUUGCCAAUUCAAACAAGCUUCUCAUCUCAAUUCCAACAUUGUGAUGGAUUUGCAUGUUCUUGCACGUGGGUCCAAUAAUUAAAGUGUGAAAUGCAAAUUAAAAGGCAGGAAAUUUAAUCAUACAGUAGUAAGGUGUCAAUAACUGUCUUGCAGAGUUUCUGAUCAAACAUUUCUAUUAUCUAUCCAGUUGAACUUUCUCACAGGUUUUUGCAAAGUCUAUUGCAUCUUUCUGAGAAAAGUACGAAAAUAUCUUGAAAUAGGAGCUUCCUUAAUGUUAAAGUUGUGGUAGAUAUGUAGAGUGGAAGUUCAUUGAUGUUACAGUGCUAAUAUAAAGCUGUUAAAAUUUAUUCAGUGUGUCUGCUUGCAAUAAAUCAUGGUUUCUACUGUU